CGGCCAGGCUGCUCGGCCUCCCGUCCGCAGGAGGGCGGUGUUUCGGCAGGUGCUGCCGGGGUCGCUCUGGGCCCUCCGCGCAGAUGGCCUGGCGGGGCACACGUGGGUAACGGCAGCGGGGUUGGGCCGCGCCGCGGUCGCCGUUCCCGGCCCAGGUGGGCCCCGCGGCCGCCGGGCCAUGUUCGCAGAGGAGGAGUGGAACGACGGGGCGGAGGGCCGCGCUCGGGCCCAGGCUCGGGCGGGGCCCCACGGCGCCCCCGAGGGCCCGGGCCGGCCGGCCCCCGCGGCAGCGGCGGGCAAGCGGCGCCGGCGGCUGCCGGGGAACUGCGCGGCCGAGGCCGGCCGGGACGGCGAGCCGGCGCGGAAGCGGCCCGGGGAGCGGAGGCAGGCCGCCGGGCGCCGGGCUGCGGCGGCGGAGGGGCGCCCGGCGGGCUCCGGGGAGCCCCAGGCGGAGCGGGAGCUGCAGCGGAGCGGACCGCGCCCGGACAGAGACGCAUCGGCCGAGCUGCCGGCGGAGCGGCGCCGGGGGAGCGCCGAGCCCGGGGCGCUGCGGACGGGGGCUGCAGCCGGGGAGACGGCGCGGAGGCCGAGCAGGAGGCAGCGGAGGAGCAAGCGGCAGCAGAAGAAAGAGCUCCCGGCGGGGCCUGGAGGGGAGCAGGGCCCGGGUAGGCCCGCGGCGGCGGUUCCGGGCGCCCCGGGACCACCCGGCCCGGAAGCGGUGCCUGCGGGACGGUCGGCGGCCCUGCGGGCGCGGAUGGAGGAGCGGCUGCUGUCCGCCCGGUUCCGGUACAUCAACCAGCAGCUCUACACCUCCACCAGCCGGGAAGCGGCACGGCUCUUCCAGAGCGACCCCGAAGCAUUCGAGAUCUACCACCGCGGCUUCGCUCAGCAAGUGGGGCGCUGGCCGGAGAACCCUGUGAAUCGCAUCAUCCGCUACCUGCGCCGGCGGCCAGCCUCGCUGGUGGUGGCAGACUUUGGGUGCGGUGACUGCAAGAUUGCGAGCAGCGUCAGGAACAAGGUGCACUCCUUCGACCUGGUCCCUCUCAGCCCACUGGUCACCGUCUGUGACAUGGCCAAGGAGCACACCUCUGUUCGGAAAACUGGGGCACCUACCGUCUGCAGGCUGCUCGGAGAAGAUGCUGGGUUGAAUCCAAGAGCCUGGGAAGCGGCAAAGCACGGAAGGGCUGCCCCAUCACCAUCGCCAUCCUCCUCCUCCUCCUCCUCCUGGGGCGGGCACCCCGGCUGGUGUCUGGCAGGUGCCUUUGGCGGCCGAGUCGGUGGACGUUGUGGUGUUCUGCCUGGCGCUGAUGGGCACCAACCUGCAGGAGAUCCUGGAAGAGGCCAACCGCGUGCUGAAGCAGGGGAACUGAAGGGCUUCAGCUCACUCGAUGAUCUUCUCCAUGUCAAAGGCAUCACCACCCGCAUCUUGGAGCUGAACAGUCAGCGCAUGACUUGCAGGAGGAGGCCAAGCAGUGAGGAAGCUGCGAGGGUGAGCCCUGGUCUGCAGGGGGACAGUAAAGCUCCUGCACCUCAGGUGGUGGCUGAGGAGGAGGAUGUUUCGGGCCCCUGGGAGCCGGAGCGCUCUGGGAAAGGGAGCCCAGGGUCAGGACCAGAGGCUGAUGGCUCCAGUGGGCAACAGGCACAGGAGCCAGUCAGCUCUACAGUCUGCGGGGAGCAGGAGGAGGAGGAAGAGGAAGAGGAAGAGGGCAGCUGCUACAGCGAGGAAGGGGAGGAUGGCAGCAAUGUCUACUUCUAUUACACCAUCGGAGAGCGCUGGAUAGACUACCUGCAGCGGACAGAGGAUGGUGGCCUCCUCCGUCACGUGCGGCCCAAGAUGAAGCGGAAGUCAGAGAACGGCCUGGAUGGCAGGGCCCUUUCCCCUGGUAAAAAGCUGUGCAAGGGCUCUGAUUACAGCAGGACACUGGGUCCCUGCAUGCCCAGUCCCACCACCACCUUUGGGGACCUGCGCAACGCCAAAGCAGGCCAGGCACGGCGCCGCCGCAUCCCCUCAGUUGCCCCUCCUCCCGAGCUGCAGGACUGGCUCCGCACCUUCCAGCGGUGGAGUGGCCCGGAGAAGCUGCUUGCUCUGGAUGAGCUCAUUGACCGCUGCGAGCCUUCUCAAAUCAAGUACAUGAUGCAGGUCAUUGAACCCCAGUUCCAGAGAGACUUCAUUUCCCUGCUGCCCAAGGAGCUGGCACUCUAUGUCCUCUCAUUCCUGGAGCCUCGGGACCUGCUCCGUGCUGCCCAGACCUGUCGCUACUGGAGGGUCUUGGCUGAAGAUAACCUGCUUUGGAGAGAGAAAUGCCGUGAAGAAGGCAUUGAGGAGCCCUUGAACCUGCGGAAGCGGCGCCUGCUGAGCCCUGGAUUCAUGUACAGCCCCUGGAAAUUCGCCUUCAUGCGGCAGCACAAAAUCGACAUGAACUGGCGCAGUGGGGAGCUUAAAGCCCCCAAGGUGCUGAAGGGACACGAUGACCAUGUCAUUACCUGCCUGCAGUUCUGUGGCAACCGGAUAGUCAGUGGCUCAGAUGACAAUACGCUCAAAGUGUGGUCAGCUGUCACGGGGGAGUGUGUGCAGACACUGGUUGGCCACACAGGGGGUGUGUGGUCUUCCCAGAUGAGGGACAGCAUUGUCAUCAGUGGCUCCACGGACCGGACACUCAAAGUGUGGAAUGCAGACACAGGCGAAUGCGUGCACACUCUGUAUGGGCACACGUCCACAGUGCGCUGCAUGCACUUACAUGGGAACAGGGUUGUGAGUGGCUCACGGGACGCCACUCUGCGCCUCUGGGACAUUGAGACUGGGCAAUGUCUGCACGUGCUGAUGGGGCACGUGGCUGCCGUGCGCUGUGUGCAGUACGACGGGCACAAGGUGGUGAGCGGUGCAUAUGACUACACAGUGAAAGUGUGGGACCCCGAGAGCGAGAGCUGCACUCACACACUGCAGGGACACACAAACCGCGUCUACUCCUUGCAGUUUGAUGGGACACACAUCGUGAGUGGCUCUCUGGACACGUCAAUUCGAGUGUGGGAUGUAGAGAGCGGAAACUGCCUACACACCCUCAUGGGGCACCAGUCGCUCACGAGUGGCAUGGAGUUACGUGACAACAUCCUUGUAUCUGGCAAUGCUGACUCCACAGUCAAGAUCUGGGACAUCAAGACGGGCCAGUGCCUGCAAACACUGCAGGGGCCCAGCAAGCACCAGAGUGCUGUGACCUGCCUACAGUUCAGCUCCAAGUUUGUGGUGACCAGCUCAGAUGAUGGUACCGUCAAGCUCUGGGACCUGAAGACGGGCGAGUUUGUGCGCAACCUAGUUGCACUGGAGAGUGGGGGCAGUGGGGGCGUAGUGUGGCGCAUCCGUGCCUCCAACACCAAGCUCGUGUGUGCAGUGGGCAGCCGCAAUGGCACAGAGGAGACCAAGCUGCUGGUGCUGGACUUUGAUGUGGACCUGAAAUGAGCCUGGCCAGUCCAGGCUGGGAUGGAGGAUCCCGCGGGCUGGGUGUAGCAGCUGGUCUUGGUGGGGCUGGCCCCAGAGCAGGCGCUAGCCCCCCGCGGGCUGUAAAUACUGUUUGCAGCUGUCUGGGCCUUAUUUAUAUAUGUGUGAACUCCCUGUGGGGAGCCUGCGCCCGGCUGGGGCAUUGUACAGAUGAAGCAGCAUGUUUUGUACACACUAAUAUAUCGAUUUAUUUCUGUA